GACUCUGCAGUGGUCGUUAUAUUCACCACAACUUCCAUGCCGGAACUUCCCUUUGUCUCUCUCGUCGUUUUCUGUGUUAUGCGGCGGUGGUCGACGUUUUUAUGGCUGACGACGACUAGCUCAAUUCCGCCCCUCAGGAGGAGGCGGAGAUACCGCCUGAAGUAAUCGCAAAGCGUUGACAUCUCCCUCUCUCUCAGUCUUAUGUCGUCGGCAUUUGAACUUGCUGUUAUCCCUGGUGUUCGACUCCGUGAAGCUCCUGUUCUCUUGUUGUUGCACUUUCACAAUGCUCUUCGUGAAGAAGUUACUGACCUCCGUCGUACUGCGGCGGAGGCGUUGGACAGCAGGAUCUACGGUGUUGACUUGAUUCAGGAACUCCGCCGUAGAUUUGAGUUUCUGAAGCUUGUUAAUAAGUAUCACUCCGUUGCUGAAGAUGAGGUGAUUUUUAGAGCUCUGGAUGUACAUGUAAAGAAUGUGGUGUCUGCGUAUUCACUUGAGCACACAAGCUCAGAGGAUAUUUUGGACUCGAUUUUCCAUUAUUUAGAUGUUUUGGAGAAGGAAGAUGAAAGGUCUAUUUCCAAGCCAUUUCAAGAACUUGUGUACUUCAUCUGUACAUUGCAAUCCAGCAUUUGCAAACAUAUGGCCAAAGAAGAAGAACAGGUUUUUCCAUUGCUGACUCAGCAGUUCACUACAGAGGAACAGGCGUCAUUCGUCUGGCAGUUCAUCUGUAGUGUUCCUAUGUUACUCUUAGAAGACUUUUUUCAGUGGAUGAACUCCUUUCUCUCUUCAGACGAAAGGGAAAAUGUUCUACAAUGUCUUAGAGAAGUUGUCCCUAAAGAUAUAUUCCUACAAGAGGUUGUAAUAUCGUGUCUUAAAGCAAAGGAGGAAAAUACGAGUGUGGACUUUGAUAAAUAUGGAAAAGGGUCUUUAUUCCUGAAUGGGCAGGCGAAUUUCCGGAAGAUUCUAGAAGUUUAUUCAUCCGAGGGUGAUGUUGAAGAACAUCCAAUCCCAGGACCUAUUCAAUACAGUCCAUGGGAUGGUGCACGUUUAUGGCAUGCUGCCUUUAGUAAGGAUCUUCUAGAUGUUUUGGAGGAGCUAUAUUCAAUUCAAGAUUCGAAUGAUUUUUCUGGCCUAGUUCCUGCAAUUGUGCAGUUAAAGUUUUUUGCUGAUGCCAUCAUAUUCUACAGCAAUGCAUUGGAUAAACUGUUCUACUCUAUGUGCAUUGAAUUGGCUGAAGACUGCCCAGCUCCUUCUUAUCAACGUUUCUUGGAUGACAGUCAAAUCGAAGGGUUGCAGUUGUUGCUAUAUAGCAAGAAUGAAAAUGUAUUGUCAGCAAGAGACUUUUUGGAGAAGCUAUGUCACAAACUCAAAAUAUCUGCCAUAGGGAUCCGCAAAUACCUCACGUUUGUUGAAAAAGAUGUUUUCCCUUAUAUGGGUAUGAACUGCAGCCGUAACAUGCAGCGGCGGCUAUUAUACGCGAGCCUCGAGAUGAUGCCACUUGGGUUACUCAAAUGCAUAUUUACCUGGUUCUCAAGUCGUUUAUCUGAGGAACAAUCAAAGUCCAUUAUGCAUAGCAUAAAACAAGGAGGCCUCCUUAUCAACAAUUCGCUAUCUUCCCUUUUACACGAAUGGGUACGAAUCGGUUACUCUGGCAAAACAUCUGUGGAAAAAUUCAGAAUGGAGUUACGUGAGGUUUUUGAUAAAAGAUGUUCAUUUGUUUCUGAACAUAUCAAAAACGAUUCCGGGUUCCCGUAUUUCCAAUUGGACACACAACUCACCAGAUCCAACAUAUCCAACACAUCGUACUCUACCGGGAUCAACUAUCGUGUAUUUUUCCCUCAAAAACCACAAAUCACAGCUCCUUUUUCAACAUAUCCAAUAGGGAACAACAAUAAUAAUAAUCAUACAGAAAGUUCUUUUCGAUACCUAGAGUCAAAACCAGUGGAUCACAUCUUUUUCUUCCAUAAAGCUUUGAAAAAAGACAUGGAACAUCUCGCUUCUCUUUCCGCCAGCCUGGCGGGUGAGAAGAACUAUGAUUUGUUCUCAAAUUUUUAUAAACGAUUCCAUCUUUUACGUGUUCUACACAAAGUACACAGUGAUGCAGAGGAUGAAAUCGCGUUUCCAGUUUUAGAAGCAAAAGAAAUCAUUCAAAACAUUAGUCAGUCGUAUUCCAUUGAUCAUAAAAUGGACAUUGAAUAUUUUAACCGAAUUUCAUAUGUUCUUGAUCAAAUCUCGAAAUUUCAUUUCGAGAAUGGGGAUGAUGUCAUCUAUCGUCAGCUAUGCGUGAAGCUUCACGACAUGUGUAAAUGCAUGAAUAAAAUGCUGUCUGACCAUGUUGACCAUGAGGAAAUCGAGCUAUGGCCUUUGUUUAGAGAACAUUUGUCUCCUAAAGAGCAAGAAAAGAUCAUUGGAUGUAUGCUUGGAAGAACAAGAGCAGAAACUUUACAAGAAAUGAUCCCAUGGCUUAUGGCUUUUCUCACAGUUGAAGAACAGAACGCGAUGAUGUCAUUAUGGCGUAAGGUUACCAAGAACACAAUGUUUGAUCAAUGGUUAGGAGAAUGGUGGGAGGGUAUGAAGAGGUAUGAUGUUCCCAAUGUUGAAAAGUCAACUCAGUUGACCAAGUUAACCCGGUCAACUCCAGAUGCGAUGGAAAUCGUCUCGAAAUACUCACCAAGAGGAAAUAUGGGAGAUUUAUCAGAAAUGAAUACCAUGAAUCAGAAAAUGAUUCACCAUGAAGAUGAUAGAGAUAGGAAAUCAAGCAAAAAACAAGAUGUUCAUGAUUGUAAAGUGUGCAGUGAGAUGAACAAUACAAGCACACAAAUAUCAAGUGAAAAAGGUGUGAAUUUAGUAUUGAGUCAAGAGGAGUUGGAGGCUACGAUUAGAAGAGUGCAUUGUGAUGAAUCAUUGGAGCCUCAGACGAAAUCAAUCAUGAUACAGAAUCUGAUAAUGAGCCCUUGGAUCAACACGCAAAGAAAAUCUGAUGACAUGGAUGCUAAUGAGGAAAUAAUUCCCGGCAUAUGUCCAUCUUAUCGUGACUCUGACAAAUUAGUGUUUGGAUGCAAACAUUACAAGCGCAACUGCAAACUUCUUGCUUCCUGUUGCAACAAAUUAUUCUCUUGCAGACGUUGCCAUGAUGAUGCCACUGAUCACUCAAUGGAUAGAAAAGCAACAACAAUGAUGAUGUGCAUGAAAUGCUUGAUAAUCCAACCCGUUGGUCCAACAUGUUCAACCGUUUCAUGUAACGGUUUAUCCAUGGCCAGAUACUACUGCUCAAUCUGCAAACUUUUUGACGACGAGAGGCAAAUAUACCACUGUCCUUACUGUAACCUCUGUAGAGUUGGAAAAGGCCUGGGACUUGACUACUUCCAUUGCAUGAAUUGCAAUGCAUGCAUGUCAAAGUCUCUUUCAGUUCAUAUUUGUAGAGAGAAGUGUCUUGAAGACAAUUGCCCGAUAUGUCAUGAGUAUAUCUUUACUUCAAGCAAUCCUGUUAAAUCCCUUCCAUGUGGUCAUAUAAUGCAUUCUUCUUGUUUUAAGGAGUACACAUGUUCCAACUAUACCUGCCCCAUUUGCAGCAAGUCAUUAGGCGAUAUGCAGGUAUACUUUGCGAUGUUGGAUGCAAUGUUGGCUGAAGAGACAAUUCCAGACGAGUAUUCCGGAAGGACUCAGGAUAUUUUAUGCAAUGAUUGUGAGAAGAGAGGAACUACGUCGUUCCAUUGGUUGUACCAUAAAUGCCCUGGGUGUGGUUCGUACAAUACACGGGUUAUCUGACGUGGAUAUAAUUUGCAGACACUGAUGUGGCUAAAAGAGUACAUGGAUAUGUCCGAGCUGCCACGUUGGAUCAAGAUUUAGAAUUAUGUCACAAUGCUUAUUUACUUCAAAGUUCAAACAUCAAAACUUGUGUUAUGAAAAUAAAACUAGGAUCAAACCGAAGCGCCAAUUUGAUUCUUCACUCUCAUGGACCAUUUUGUGUAUAUAACUUUGAAUCUUAUUUAACAUGUUUAAGUUUGUUUCUGUAAAAGGCUUUCAAACACGUUUCAAUAAGCCAAAAAAAUUAUAUAUUUUAAGGUAAGACUUGAAAGCAUA